AUCUCGCCUCCUUCUGCUCCGCGUCCCCGAGAGUCGCCUCCUCCUCAAAACGGCUUCGAGAGAGAGUGGUGGUGGUGGUGGGCCUUCCCGUCGUCGUCUUCGACUUCACUCCAACUCCACCUCCACCUCCACCACCCCUCUCUCGAAGCCAUCGCCGCCUGUCUCUCCUCUCCAGCUCGCCCGGUCAGAGUCCGCGGGGGAUUCGAUUGAUUGGUAGCUAGCUAGGCUUCCGCGCGCGGCGACCCAACGUCGGUGGAGGCGGUGCUGAAGGCCGGGCGGCGUCUCGUUCGUGGUGCGGUGGAGAUGGGCCAGGACCUCGCCGAGAUCCACCCUCGCGAGCUCCAGUUCACCUUUGAGGUGAAGAAGCAAAGUUCAUGUACUGUCCAUCUUGUCAACAAAUCCAAUGAAUAUGUCGCAUUCAAGGUUAAAACAACAUCACCUAAAAGGUAUUGUGUUCGACCAAACACUGGAGUCAUCCUUCCAAGGUCAACAUGUGAUUUCACAGUUACCAUGCAAGCACAACGUACUGCUCCACCAGACAUGCAAUUAAAAGACAAGUUUUUGGUUCAGACAACAGUUGUCCCUUAUGGAACAUCAGAUGAGGACCUUGUUCCUUCUUAUUUUUCUAAAGAAAGUGGCAGAUAUAUCGAGGAAAGUAAAUUGAGGGUUGUUCUUGUUAGUGCAUCUCAUCCUUUUGGAGAGCAGCCAAUUAAUGGAAUUCCAAACACUGAGGCAGCUGUUGAGGUUCCUUCAUUAAAGGACACGUUGAACAUUAAGAAUGAAAUUCCAGUUGCAGAGAAAGAGGUUCAUUCCCCUCUGGAAGAAGACCCAGUUGUUAUUCCUGCACCCCCUUACCCUGUCAAGGAGGCUCCAAUUCUCAGAGAAGUUCCUGUGCAUAUUUCCCCUGUCAGGGAGACUUCAUUCCUGAGAGAAGUUCCUGCACCCGUAUCCCCAGUCAAGGAGACUCCAAUCCUGAGAGAAGUUCCUACACCAUUGAAGGAGACACCUGUUAUAUUGACAGAAUCUCCACCCCCUCCAACAGAUACCUCUUCCAUUACUGUCGAAUCUCUCCAUCCUUUCGAACAAAACCUAGCAAGUUUGAAGGAAUCUCCUCUAGAAGAAACUCUUCCAAAAGCAGCUGUCGUGUUAAGUGAGCAAGGGGCUGUCAAUGUGCAGAGUCGUCAACUAUGCCAUGUAACGGAAGAUGUUCAGAACCUGAAGUCAAAGCUCAAUGGUCUCGAAGUAAAAUUGGAAGAGGCUGAAAAAAUGAUAAUAAAGCUGAGAGAAGAGAGCAGAACUACCACCCAGGAGCGGGAUAAGUUACAGCAAGAAAUGAUGUUUCUACGAAAGAAGGGAACACCAAGGAAUCAAGUUGGUUUCCCCUUGCUGUUUGUGGUUUAUGUGGCACUUCUUGGUACUUCUCUGGGUUACCUCCUGCGCUUAUGAGGUCAAGUUCUUCCAAAAACCCAUCAGCUGGACACUUCAGUUUGUCACAAGAAUUGGAGGGCAGCUACGCAUCAAUCUUGAAAGGGGAGCAUUCCUUAGCAUCGUAUUUCACUAGCCAUUAUGGUUUUGCAUAUAACAAAGGUACCAAUUGCCUGCGUGCAUAGAACAGCUUUUACAUCUGUACAGAACCGUCCAAGAGAUGCUGCUGGCUCAGUAGACUAACCCGGGAUUUCUUUUCUCUCCCCUCACUGGGGUUUUUAUAGUGUGUUGGAUUCGGUUCUUUCUUAGAAUCGGUGCAGUUUUCUUCGUUGUUUUCCUUUUCACCUGGGCUGGUGUCAGUUUGAAAACUGUCAGGUUGUAUUUGAUUUGACAUUUGUAAGGCAUCAACGAGGUACCAAAGCAGAACCAUCAUUA